AGUGUCCCGCAGCAUAAGCAGCGGCUCUGUGCUCUCUGCAAAGCCGACUCGACGCCUCUCUGCUCCCGCUGCAGCUCGGAAGCGCUCCCCAUCGGCUCUCUCACUCCAGCACCCGAACAUCCACCCAUCCGUCCGAACAUCUCCACAUUCAGGCAGGAUGGCAGCGCAUCACCCAGAGUUUGAGCGGGCCGGUCAGAACCCGGGUCUCCAGGUGUGGAGGGUGGAGAACUUUGAUUUGGUUCCCGUUCCAGAGAACCUGUAUGGGGGUUUUUACACCGGAGAUGCCUACCUCAUCCUCAACACCAUCAAACAACGCUCAGGAAAUCUGCAGUAUGACCUCCACUUCUGGCUGGGUGAUGUCUGCAGCCAGGAUGAGAGCGGCUCUGCAGCAAUCUUCACUGUCCAAAUGGACGACUUCCUCGGGGGGAAACCGAUCCAAUACCGUGAGGUGCAGGGGUACGAGUCCAAAACCUUUCUGGGAUACUUCAAGUCUGGAAUAAAAUACAUGAAAGGAGGCGUAGCGUCUGGGUUCAAACACGUGGUCACCAAUGAGGUGUCGGUGCAACGGGUUCUCCAGAUCAAGGGUCGGCGUGUCGUCCGGGCCACGGAGGUGCCGGUCAGCUGGGACAGCUUCAACCAGGGAGAUUGCUUCAUUUUGGACUUGGGAGAUGAGAUUUAUCAGUGGUGCGGCUCACAGAGCAACCGUUUCGAGAAGCUCAAGGCUACUCAGGUCGCCAAGGGCAUCCGUGACAAUGAGCGCAGCGGGAGGGCCCGGGUGUACGUCUGCGACGAGGGAAUGGAGAGAGAGAAGAUGACGGAGGUUUUAGGUCCCAAACCAGAUCUGCCUCCUGGGGCUUCUGAUGACAUCAAAGCUGAUGCUUCAAACAGGAAGAAGGCAAAACUGUACAAGGUUUCCAAUGCUAGCGGUGGCAUGAAUAUCACUCUGGUAGCAGCAGAGAACCCGUUUGCUCAGAGCGCGCUGGAGUCCGGGGACUGCUUCAUUCUGGACCAUGGAUCGGAUGGAAAGAUCUUUGUCUGGAAAGGCAAAGAUGCCAACAUGGAUGAACGAAAGGCGGCGAUGAAGGCAGCUGACGAGUUCAUCAAGAAGAUGGGCUAUCCAAAACACACUGAAGUCCAGAUCCUGCCAGAAAUGGGCGAGACGCCGCUCUUCAAGCAGUUCUUCAAAAACUGGCGCGACAAAGACCAGACAGAGGGUCUGGGUGUAGCAUACAUCGCUAACAGCAUCGCCAAGAUCGAGAAGGUGCCUUUCGACGCCGCCAGCCUACACCAGUCCUCCGCCAUGGCCGCCCAGCAUGGCAUGGUGGAUGACGGCAGCGGAGAGAAACAGAUCUGGCGCAUCGAGGGAUCCGAUAAGGUUGCGGUUGAUCCGUCUACAUACGGACAGUUCUACGGAGGUGACAGCUACAUCAUCCUUUACAACUACAGCCAUGGAGGACGACAGGGACACAUCAUCUACAUGUGGCAGGGAACAGACUCCAGUCAGGAUGAGAUUGGCACCUGCGCCAUCCUGACCUCCCAGCUGGAUGAUGAGCUCGGUGGAGGUCCUGUGCAGGUUGUUGGUGCUCCAAUAACCACUCAGGUGAGGGUGGUCCAGGGCAAGGAGCCAGCCCACCUCAUGAGCCUGUUUGGAGGAAAGCCCAUGGUGGUCUACAGGGGAGGAACGUCCCGGGACGGAGGUCAGUCCGCCCCGGCGGAGACUCGACUCUUCCAGGUGCGCUCCAACUCGACAGGGCACACCAGAGCCGUGGAGCUUGAAGCGACGGCGUCCAACCUGAACUCCAAUGACGUCUUCGUUCUUGUGACCCCCGAUGGUACCUCUCUGUGGGUGGGAACGGGUGCCAGCGACUCAGAGAAGCAGGGAGCUCAGCAGCUGUGUGACAUCCUGGGCGUGUCGGCCUCCUCCGAGCUUUCUGAGGGAGGAGAAACUGAUCAGUUCUGGUCCGCUCUGGGAGGGAAGGCAGAAUACCGCACCUCCACCAGACUCAAGGACAAGAUGGAUGCUCACCCACCACGACUCUUUGCCUGCUCCAACAAGACAGGGAACUUUGUCAUUGAAGAGGUACCCGGGGAGUUGACCCAAGAUGACCUAGCCACUGAUGAUGUCAUGAUCCUCGAUACCUGGGAGCAGGUGUUUGUUUGGAUCGGGAAUGAAGCCCAGGAGGAGGAGAAAACUGAAGCCAUGGCGUCUGCCGUCCGUUACAUCCAGACCGACCCGGCUAACAGAGACCCUCGGACUCCUAUUGUCAAAAUCAAGCAGGGCUUUGAGCCGCCCACAUUCACCGGCUGGUUCCUGGGCUGGGAUCACGACUACUGGACCAGUGACCCAUUGGAACGGGCCAUGGCAGAACUUGCUCUGUGAGCGCUCACCCUAUCAUCCCUUCCCCCCCUUUCUGCCUCUGCUAGCAUUAUUCUAAAUACCAACUUGCUUUUUAAGUAAAAGUAAAAGAUUUUUUUUUUUAUUUGUGUUUUUUGUGCAACUUUAGUGCCUUCACAUUUAUAUCCUAAGCAAUGGUUAGAAGAAACUUUCACUGAUAGGUAGCAAUGCUGUUUUGCACUAAAUAUAUUUCAAAAUAGUGACUUUUAUUGAAGAUCGCUCUAAUUUUGUAUUGAAUCCACAGCUCAGAUGGAAAACAAGCAAUGCCUUAAUAUCAUUUCCUUUAUGGUUUUAAAGGUACAGCUUCAAGUGAAGAACCCGUUUGCCAAUUUAUUGUUUUUACCUUCUUCUGUAUUUAUUUCUCACAACCAAACUGUAAUCCACAGAAAUCUUCCUUCAGUGUCAAAAACAGACUCUGGGUCUCUUUAAAAAAACAUCUGGUUCUGUUUGAAAUAAACCAAAUUCAAGAUGU